AAACCACUUGUUUUACAAAGUAGCCAAAUCGGAAGCACGUCUUGCAGUUCUUCUACAACUUCCCAAUUUUCUCAAUGUUUCCAACGGUGGCAGAUCCUCUUCAAAACUUAACUACACACUAUGAAGCUCAUCAGAACAUAUUCGUAUCACUUCAGGCGCAACCGUGCAGCAACGUACAUUCCGUGCUGGAAGAUGAGCGUUGUCUAUUCGUCCGGGAGACGGAAGAGUGUCGUGAAUCGAUGCACUACAUCGAUUAUAUGCAUUUUAUGUACUGCACUAUUGAAAGCUCUAACUUCGCUCUUUUCACAUCAGCCAUUGUUGCUUUGCUCCUGUUUGCGGUGUGUCUAGGAACGGUUAUACACCAACUCUGCGUAAAUCGCUACGUCGAUAGUGUAUUGUAUGUGGCUAAAGCAUGGCGCUUGAACGAAUACAUCGCCGGUGUUACACUGCUCACGUACGGCAAUGGGUUGGCACAAGUGCUGUCGGAGCUGAAGCACCAUAAAUCCGGGGACACCGAGCUGAUCUACAAUCAGUAUCUUGGAACGGCCGUCUAUCAGGUUUCAAUUCUCGCGGCACUCGUCAUCUGGCUGGGAUCGUUUGCCAUCUAUCCGGAGGUGAUCGUUCCAAACAUUAUUAGUUUACUGAUCGUUUCCGUGCUAGUGGAAGAGCUCAUGUACGAUGAGCAGAUUGGUAUCUUUCAAACGAUCAUCUUGGGUAUGCUUUAUGUAGCCUUUCUUGGUGCUCUUUAUGCAGUCUCCUUGGCGAUGGAUCGUGAGGGUAAUCGAUCUCGAAGUCAGAUAGAGAUACGAGAUACCGGUGGAAAGCUUGUAGACAUAAAGCUUACAGCGACGGUGUCAAAUGUGGAAGGCGAUCGACGUGUCACUAGGUUGGAACGUAUCUGGCACGGAGUGAGAACGUUCCAAAGCGAAGAUUUUUGUAAUGGCAGCUGGUACAGCAAAUUGUAUCUUAUCUGGAGCAUUCCUGUCGAGAUGCUGACGGUUCUGCUAUUGCCUAAGGUGAACUAUGCUUUACCCUUGCACGGAUGGAACAAGUGUCUUUUUGUCAUUAAUCUAAACCUCUUUCCCUUACUGCUCAUCUGCACUGCCACAGGUAAGAAACUAAGACACAUCUUUCAUCUUUCAUGGCCUUGCUAUCUAAUAGUUCUUCUCUCAGUUGAUAUGCUUUCUAGUACAGAUCUUGGAUGGAUUUGUGUGGGAAGUGUCGUCACAACUUCCUGCUUGAGUGUCAUCAUUUGCGUUGCCGCUAGUGACGAUCGGAAGCCAUCCUGUUUCAACUGUAUUGGGUUGUUUACCAUUUUUGGAACAUCCUACCUGAUCAUGCUUCUAUCCUACGAGCUGAUUGCCAUCCUGGAAACAUUAUCCAUUAUUGCAAACAUUUCCUCCGCUUCAUUUGCCAUAACCAUACUUGCCUGGGGUAGCUGUUGGAUUGAUUUAGUCACGUUAAGGACGCUCGCCAUUCGAGGAUAUCCUCGGUUAGCUUUCGCUGCCUGCCUAGGAGCACCCGUUUUCAAUAUUUUGAUUGGACUAUGUACCGUAUUUUGCAUUCAAAUGAUACGAACGAACUCUGCUACGAUUCACGUCCGCGAUGGUACAUCAGGGCCUACCUGUGCCGUCUAUCUUUUCAUCAUGUCGUUAACAAUUUUACUGUCGGUGCUUUUCACACGGUUUCAGGCACGGAAAAGCCUUGCCUUCAGCAUGACAAUACUAUAUGUCACGUUUCUCACAUACGUUGUCCUCUGUGAGCUGGAAAUUAUACACGGUUACGGGACAGAUCACAACGACGAUGGCGAAUAUUUCCAGGACCAGGUCACUCACCAUGGGAAAGCUAAAUAGAAACUUUUUUUUAGUAUUUAUAUGGAAAUUUAAUGAAAGAAUGAUAACCCUAAG